UUUUACUUGUUGAAAUCGUAUAGAACGUUUAAAAGCGACGGUCUUCAUACGGUUACAUUUUGAAUACUUUAACAACAAUUUCAGAAAAAUAGAACAAAAAUCGUGUGUGUUCUGGUUUUAAAAUAAUAAAUUUCUACUGUACCCGCUGGUCAACCCCUUAAGUUCUAACAACAUGCAGCAGUUACUACAAAGAUAUUAAAAAUACGAUUUAAAGUAAAAACUUAAAGUUGUUAGCGCGCCUUUUGUGCUUUUUUAGUGGUGGUUUUAUUUUUGUGGUCCUUCCACCAAUACAAGCUUGUAGUACUUGUCAAGUAAUUUAAAUAAACGUGAUUUAGUGAAUUUGGGUUUUUUUAACAUUCAAUAAAUUUUAAACAGAAACGGCAGCUGUACAUAUUUAAAACAAAAAGUUAAAAUUACAAUAAAGAAGUGUGUUUGUUCUUCUAGAUUAAAGUUAAAAGAACAACACAAAUACGGAAAUUUUUGGAAAGAAGGGACAGAACGUGAGAGAGAGAGAGAGAGUACAAAACUGAAAACUAAAAUCAUUUCAACAUGGAGACUGAAUCUUUAAAUCGUAAAAAUUCUUCACGGAAAAAUUCCAUUGUCAAUGGAAAUGGUGAAACAACGGCUAAAGCGGAUAGUGGUGAUGGCGGUGGAGAAGUUACGCUUAAGGCUAAAAUGAGUCUACUUAAUGGUUGCACUGUUAUUGUGGGUUCCAUUAUUGGUUCGGGUAUUUUUGUCUCACCCACAGGUGUCCUCAUGAAUACCGGCAGUGUUAAUUUGGCUUUAAUUGUCUGGGUGGCAUCGGGUCUAUUUUCAAUGGUUGGUGCCUACUGUUAUGCUGAAUUGGGUACAAUGAUUACAAAAUCUGGUGCAGAUUAUGCUUAUAUUAUGGAAACAUUUGGUCCAUUUAUGGCUUUCAUACGUCUAUGGAUAGAAUGUAUGAUAGUACGUCCAUGUUCACAAGCCAUUGUAGCUCUAACAUUUAGUGUUUACGUAUUAAAACCUUUCUUCCCCGAAUGUACACCUCCCGAUGAUGCUUCCAGAUUAUUGGCUGUAUGUUGUAUAUGUGUCCUAACAUUUGUUAACUGUUGGGAUGUUAAAUGGGCUACCGCUGUGCAAGAUAUCUUCACAUAUGCUAAACUUUUGGCCUUGUUUAUCAUCAUUGCAUCUGGUCUAUAUCAAUUGUAUUUGGGCCAUACAGAAUACUUUACAUUCGAGAAUACAGAUACUAAAGUUACAUCACUGGCAUUAUCAUUUUAUUCCGGGCUGUUUGCGUAUAACGGAUGGAACUAUUUGAAUUUCAUCAUUGAAGAGCUUAAAGAUCCCGUUAAGAAUUUGCCACGUGCUAUUGCCAUUUCAUGUACUCUUGUUACUGUUGUCUAUGUCUUGGCUAAUGUCUCAUUCUAUACCUUGCUGUCGCCCGAAGAAGUUUUAGGUUCUCAAGCUGUAGCUGUAACCUAUGCCGAAAGAGCUUUUGGUGUAAUUGCUUGGACCAUUCCCGUAUUUGUGGCCCUCUCAACUUUUGGUGCUGUUAAUGGUAUUUUAUUGACUUCGUCACGUUUGUUCUAUGCUGGUGCCAAUGAGGGUCAAAUGCCUGAAAUUUUAACUAUGAUUCAAAUACAACGUUUUACACCUACACCCGCUGUUUUGGCCAUGGCUCUGUUGUCCAUGUUGUACUUGACGGUCUCGGACAUAUUUGCUUUGAUCAAUUAUGUUGGUUUCGCCACUUGGUUAAGUAUUGGUGUUGCUGUCUUAUGUUUGCCCUGGUUACGUUGGGCUCAACCCAAUCUACCCCGUCCAAUUCGCGUACCUUUGGUCUUCCCCAUUGUCUAUUUGAUUGCUACCAUUUUCGUUACCGUUGUACCCAUGUAUGCCAGCCCCGUUGAAACUGGCUAUGGUAUUUUAAUGAUCUUAACUAGUAUACCCGUCUAUUUGGUAUUUAUUGCGUGGAAAAAUAAACCCAUCUGGUUCCAAAAAACUAUGGGUGGAUUUACUCAAGCUUUACAAAAAAUGAUGAUGGUUGUCCGACCCAAAAGUUCCUCAAAGUAAGUCUCACAAGGUUUUUGCAGAAAGUACUAAUGGUUCUUGGCAAGACUAAACCAGCUCAGGUGUAAAAACAAAACAAAAAAAGUUUCAACAAAAAAAUAUGAAGAAUCCAAAAAAGU